GAGUUCCCAAGGAGAAAGCAGAAACCGGAAAAGAGAUAAUCCUUCCUUCCUUCCUUAUCCAUCCACAUUCCUGCAGGUUUAGCUGCAGCUCUCCCACCAAUAAUCAUGGCUGCUUCCACAAGCCAUCUGUGCUCUAUUCUUUCUUUGAAUUCAUCUCUUCCCAGUGUUCUUUCAAGUCAAAGGUCUGCUGCUGCUUUCGUCUUUUUCAGCUGCAAGACUGAUCAGAGGAGGAGGAGGAGAAGUACUGGGAUAGUUGCAAGUGGGGCGGAUUUUCUGGGGGAUUUCGGGGCGAGGGACCCUUUUCCGGCUGAAGUUGAGAGCAAUUUUGCGGAGAAAGUACUGGGGAAUGUGAAUACUGAGCAUAAAAUCUUGAUCCCAACUGCAACUGCUCUGUCUUUAGCCCAGCAAGAUUGUACUCCCAUCUCACCUAAUGAGCAGCCCAUUUCUGAAGAUGAAGCCAAGAAGCUCUUGCUCAAGGUUGUUGGAUGGAGAUUGAUAAAUGGAGAAGAGGGGCUACGGCUGCAAUGCAUAUGGAAGUUGAGAGAUUUCCAAUGUGGGAUUGAACUGAUCAACAGGAUAUACAAGGCUAUUGGUGCUACAGGGCACUUCCCUAGUCUUCACCUUGAGGAGUCCAAUCAACUAAGAGCUGAACUAUGGACUUCUUCAAUUGGUGAGCACAUAUGUCUCUAAUAGACAAUAAUUCAGAUUUGUGGUUACUUAUUUCUGAACCAGCUUUUAGUUGUCUAAAUAUUGAAUUCUGAAUA